UGGGUAAGGUGAAAAAUUCCACCCAUCGAUGCCCGUUUCGCAGCACCCCCACUAAUUAAUGACGGGUGCGUGUCCCCGAAAAUUAAAACCAAACCGGGAGAAGAUUCUAAUCGCGCGGACAAUUUCGCUAAUCAGUGAAAGCCCUUUUAAGUUAACCGUUUGUGGUGAAAAGCGAAGAAGGAAAAAAAAUCAAACAAACCCCGGUGAGUGAUGGUGGCAAAUUAAAUUAAAAACCACAAUAAAACAAAGUACAGCAACGCUUUGGAAGAGAAAAAAAUAAAUAAAGCCGGAAAAAGGGGCAGAUAAGUGGCGCGAUAGGUCGUAAAAAGUGUUUCCGAGGGAGAGAAAAAAAGGUUUGGAAAUUAAAACGGGGGUGGAUAGUCGUAUUGUGACACUUGGUUUGUAAAGUGAAGACAAAGAAAAAACAAAGGGAAAAUUGUGAGAAAGAAAGUAAACUGUGGGAAAAGCGAAAAGGAAGACAAGAAAAAUUGCCUCCGGAAAGUAAUUAACCAGCAAUAUCAGUAGUGUGUCAACGAAUGUGUUUAAAUUAAGCCACGGAACAAAAAUGACGUUACCCUUAAAUCGCGAGGGAAUCGGAAGUGGCCACGACAACAAUAGGCCAAUUAAUGGGCCCAAAAUUGGACAGCGCGUUUUCGUCGUCCUCACCGGAAGUGUGAUUUAUUCGAGUGCAAAGUGAAAAAAGAGUAUUAAUCAGGUGGCUCAUUAUUGGCCAUCACAGUGCUAGAAAAACGCUCGCCGUCGAUUGUGUGACAAGCAAUGGCCGAUUAUCGGCAUCUGCCGCCACAUCACCAGGCCCGGGGUGGCAUGUACCACCCGUUGGCCAGCCACGGCGGAAUGUUGUACCCUCCCCAACCGGCCCACGCCGGCUCCACCAUGGGACUGCAACAGCAGCAGCAGCAACAGCAGCAACAAUCCCAACAGCGACAACAGUCCCAUCAACCGAUGAAUCCUCACUCCCACCAACAACAGCAGCAACAGCAACAACAGGCCCUAGGCCAUCAUCAGGGGCCACCGAUUCCACCGCCGUUACCUCCGAACAUGUUGCAACAGCAGCAGCAGCAGCAACAACAAAAUCAUCAACACCAGCAGCAACUCCUCAACCAUUCGCACCAUCCCCACCAUCACUCGUUACACGCGGCCCACCACCACAUGUUGACGCGGCACUACCUCGGGAUGCACGCGGCCGCGGCCGCCGCCGGCCAUCCCCGGUUGCACGGACUCAACAUGACCGCCAGCAUGCCGUUGAACGCAAGUAAGUGACAGGGGGGUUGUUCUCCGAAAAGGUCAUCUCAACUGUCAAUGCAUCUAGUUGAUGUUUCAACCAGAAUUUCCUUGUACUGGGUUUGUUUAAAAACUUUUUAGUACUAAUUAUAAAUAAAUAUUACAACUUGAUAAGAUCUACUACAAAUAACGCUAGGUGUUUUAUGAGUCGUUGUCAGGACAGAGUUGUGGCACACUUCCAUAAUACAUGAUAAAUGAUCCCUUCCAACCGAAUCCCUUUCCAGUAGGAUUUGUUUGAAAUGUUAAGCGGCCAACCAGCAACAAAAAUAAAAUAUAAAAAAAACGUCGCAUUUCCCAUCAACACCAGAUAACGAAAUCCACCUUGAAAAAUUGGCCUCUUUCGGGGCGAUAAAUCACUUUAAUUUCCACUAAAUUAUAAAGCGAAAAGCAAAACCUUCCCUCGCCCUACCUCUUCUUCACCCCUCCUCCAAACUACUACCGUUUGGUGGUGGCGAUGAUAAUACACUAAAACCACCAUCCCUGUUUGUACUCGGUGAGCUCCCCUCCCCCCUCCAAAGCUGGAACACAUUUGCCCCUAACUAACUUACCAUCAC